AUUACAUGUGGAUACGGACGCAAAGAUUGUUCGUGUUAUGCUGUUUUAUAAAUAGAUUUGAAAUUAAUUUGUGGCCGAGAUGGGUUCUUUCGAAGCGUUGGGCUUGAAGCCGUGGAUCGUGAAACAGUGCCAGAUGGUCGGCAUCGAAAACGCGACGCCAAUCCAGAAGGAGUGCAUCCCGCAGGUGUUGGCGGGCAAGGACUGCAUCGGCUGCGCGAAGACGGGCAGCGGGAAGACCCUGGCCUUCGCCCUGCCGCUGCUGCAGGUCCUCAGCGAGGACCCUUACGGAAUCUUCGCCCUCGUUCUGACGCCAACCAGAGAAUUAGCCUACCAGAUUGCGGACCAGUUUCAAAUCAUGGGCAAACCGAUCGGGUUGAGACAGUGCGUCAUCGUGGGAGGCAUGGACAUGAUGCGGCAGGGAAUGGAACUGUCGAAAAGGCCGCACGUCGUUAUUUCCACCCCAGGAAGACUGUACGACCACCUUGGAAGUUGUGCAACCUUUACUUUAAAAAAGAUAAAAUUUCUGGUCAUCGACGAGGCGGACAGAAUCCUGAGCGGCGACUUCGACGAGCAGCUGAAGCGGAUUUUUGAAGCUCUGCCUGAGCAAAGGCAAAACCUUUUGUUCAGCGCCACCAUGACCGACACACUGGACAAAGUGCGAAAGGUUGCGAAGAAAGAGAUGUUUUUGCACGAAACAAAAAGCGAGGUUAGCACUGUUGAGACGCUCAAGCAGCACUACGUUUUGUGUCCCACGGCCGUUAAGGAUGGCUACCUGGUGCAGGUCAUUCGCAAAUUCAAAGAGGAUCACCCGAGGGGCUCAAUUAUGGUUUUCACCAAAACGUGCAAAAACUGCCAGCUGCUGAGCAUGACCCUUAACGAAGUAGGCUUCACAAAUGUUUGUCUGCACGGAAUGAUUUCCCAAAAGCUGCGCCUCGUUGCCCUGAAUAAGUUCAAAUCAAACAAUGUGAAAAUCCUCAUAGCCACAGACGUCGCAAGCAGAGGUUUGGACAUUCCAGAGGUUGAGCUGGUGAUCAACCACACGGUUCCCAACAUCCCAAAGGACUAUGUGCACCGGGUAGGCAGGACGGCCAGGGCGGGUCGAGGCGGAAGUGCAGUCACCCUUGUCACACCGAACGACAUCAAUUUGUUGCACGCCAUUGAAGAAUUGAUCAACACCAAGCUCACCGAAUACCCAGUUGACGAAAAGGAAGUUUCAAAAAUCUUCACAGAAGUGACUGUGACGAGGAGGCAGGCGGAGAUUGAGCUGGACGAGACUGACUUCAUGGAGAAGAAGGAGCUGAACAAGCGCAAGGACAUCGUAUUCGCAGGCAAGGACCCGGACAGGGUGCUGCAGAAGAAGGACAAGUACAAAAAGAAGCUGCGCAAGGAGAAGAUCAAAGCCGCCAUCAAAGCUAGGACGGAAAGGAAAAAGCAGAGGGAGCAAGCAGCAAGCUCGUGACACUAAGAAUAUGCUUGCAAAUUUUCGCGAAAUGAAUCUAAACUCAAAAACGUGCUAAGAUAUGAUCUAAUAUAUUGAAAUAAAUUUUGCUAAAU